UUUGUUUAUUACCGGCUUUUCAUUUAUUCUAAAAAAAUUUUUUGACAAAAAAAAAUCAUUCAGCAAUCAUUAAAAAUGGCAAUCACGAUUGCCAAUCAGCCAACACAAUUAAUACCAAUGGCUCAAGUGAAUAAUGGACAGAUGCCAACACAAAUGGUUUCCAUCGGUAAUCUACUUGAAUUGGCAAUCAAAAAAACAUUUCGUGAUUUAUCAUUAUUGGCCGAAUUGUUACCGAGAAAAACUGAUAUGGAACGUAAAAUUGAAAUCAUGAUUUUUGCCAAUCGAAAUCGUCAGCUAUUUGUUCGAUUAUUGUCAUUGGUAAAAUGGGCCGGUAGUGCAUCCAAAGUGGAAAAAUGUUCACAAAUCGUAUCGUUUCUGGACAAACAAUCCAUGUUAUUUACCGAAACGGCCGACAUAUUAGCACGAUUAUCACGUGAAACAUUGGUCACAGCUCGUUUACCUGCUUUUCAAUUAUUGGCCGCUGUUGAAGUGAUGACAUUGGGAACUUAUUCUCGUUUACCAAACAUUAUACGCGAUCGUUUAGUUCCACCUGAUCCGAUUUCAAAUGCCGAAAAACGUGCUGCACUUUUUCAGCUUAAUCAUAUCAUUCAACAAAGAUUGGUAUCAUCCGAGUUACCUUUACAAAUGCGUAAUAUUAAAAUCGAAUUCGGACGUGUAACAUUUACUGUGACCAAUGAAUUUAGUUUAACAUUAACAUUGUUAAGUGAUAAUGCCAAUAUGCCAUGGAAAGUAUUAAAUAUUGAAAUAUUAAUCGAAGAUAAAGAAAUCAAUGAUAUUAAAGAUCUUGUACAACCGGAUCAGCUCAACUUUAUUCGUGGUAUCGUGCAGACUCGACUAAAUGAAAAUAUCAAACCAUUAGUUGAAGCUUAUAAUAUAUUGCAUACAUUUUGUCUUGGUCUUCAACUACAAGUUUUAGCUUUUCAAUCAGAUUCCGUUUAUAAACGAUUGAAAGAAUUCAUUUAUAUUGAUGAAUAUGUUUCCGGUAAACAUCUAGUUUUAUCAUAUUGGAAAGAUCAAGAUAAAUCAUCAUCUUCAUCAUCAUCAUCAUCAUAUAAAUUAAUUGUUAAAAUCGAUCCAACUGAACCAUCAAAACCAUUACAAAUACAACAUAUUCCUGAAUUUAUUGAUUCAAAAGCAUUUCUCAAAUCAAUUCAGGCUAAUAUACUUUCGAUUGAAAAAAUUUUACUAUUCACAACACAUGAAAGAUCUAAGCUUAAAUUGUUUGAUUUGAAAAAAUUGAUUGAAGAAAAGAAUUCAUCAUUAAUUUGUGAACUGAAUGAACUUCCGGCUGUACUACAUAUUUCGUUCAUUCAACCAUGUAUGCCUUCUGAACAAUUGCUUGUAUCGGUCGAUAUGCUGACCGGACAAUUUUUAGUUCAUAUACCACAAUAUGAAGAUUGUCCGCUUAUUGCCGAUGUUGAAUCAUAUCUGAACAAAAGUAUUGAUCGGUUGUUUCCAAUGGUCGAUAAAUUGAAAAUGUGGAUCACUCGUGAACGUUGUAAAAAAACGGUUGAAGCUUUGCCUGUUCGUAUUAUGGAUUCAUUACCGUUUCCGGCCAAUUAUUCGCAUGAUAUUCUUAAUAUUCAAGGAAAUAAAAUUUAUUUCAUUUUCACUCGACAUCAAGAUAAAUGUUUAAUGGUCAUUUUUGAUAAUGAUAAAAGUUCUAGCUUUAAUCUAUGGAUGGACUAUUAUCUACUUCAUUUGAAUAAUAUUUCCAUCACAGAUAAUCAACCUAAAACACAUUCACAAUCAAAUACAAUGGAUCAAUUUGAUCAACAAGAAUGUCCUAAACAAUUUAUGGAAAUUUUAAAGGUCUUGCCAUUAGAUUCAUCAAGUAUACUUCAAAAUUAUUACUACGGUAACAAUGAUGUCGAUUUGCCCAUUAUGGUUAAUGGUGCUGGAAUGAAACGAAAAUCAAGCAUGAUUGAUUUGCCAUUGGUAAAACGAAAAAAACUACCCGGCUAUUACAUUACCGAAUUGGCUCAUAUCGUAAGCUUUUGUGAAGAGAAACUUUCCUACACUUGUUUAUCACAAGAACUGUAUAAACGAAAUAUUCAUCAUCAAGUUGUACCGGAUUCAAAUGGCUGCACUCAUUAUAUUGAUAUUAUCAAAUUUCCAUCAUGUUCAUGGUGUCCACAUGAAUUAACCGAAAAGAUUUUAUCGAAUACAUUAAGCUGUACGAUUCGUUUACAUGGCAAAAGUUCAAGAGUUUGGAACGUAUUAAUAUCAUUUGCUUCGCCACCGAUACAGAAUCUACCGGUCAAAGAACAUUGUUUACGAAAAAUUGUCAAUAAUUCUUAUGAUUAUACAACACUUUCGCAAUCGGUUAUUGUCAGAAUGGUUGAUGAAUUACUCAACGAUUGGACGGCCAUUGCACGAUUAUAUGAUGUGGUGGAAAAAUUUUCACAAGAAAUCAAACACAAUUCAUUGAUAACAAAUUUAUCGUCAAUCGAAAUUAAAUCUUUUAGCUAUAAAAAGAUUUCCAUUGGUUAUGGACCAAACAAAUCUUUUUUUGUUUCAAUUUAUUAUAAAUUCUCUGAGAAACGUUUCCAAUUAUCAUUUGGUGUAUUACAGCAAGCUUAUUCGAAUACGAAUCCUCAUAUAAUAAUAUCGACACAAUUACAACAUGAAUUCAAUCAACAUCUGUCUAUUGUACAAUUGAUACAUGUACUUAACUAUACAUUGAAUCCAUUGUUGACCAUACAGAAUCUUAAAUCGAUUCCUCUCUUGGGAACAGUCAAUUCGAGACCUCAUUGGCCUGUAUUAUCGUUUUGUGUGUUGCCCGAAGCUUCUACUCAUAUUAAAUUAAUCUAUCGUAAUACAUAUUGUUUGGAUAUAGUCAUGUAUGCGGACAAUUUAGUCUCAAUUCGUGAUGGUGCUUUAAGCAAUUUUGAUAAUUCAAAAGUGAUCAGUGAUUUCAAACCAAUUCAAGGUCUAAAAGCUUUUCUUAGUAAAUUUAUUGAUAAAACUAUUCAAACAAGACGGUUAUCGCAAACGGAAGAUGAUAAUCCACCAUCACCCAUUUCUCAAAUGGAAUUUACUCCUAAUGAUAAUUAUAUGUUUCCGGGAUCUCAAAUUAAGCCUAAUUCAAAUAUACAACCAGCAAUUAAUGAACCAAACCUAGCAAAUCGUAGUUCGGCUGUUCCAUUGCAUUCCAGUCCUCAUACACCAGCAUCGCCAUUGGCCUCAGUACUAAGUGUUCAUUCAAAUUAUGCACCUUCACCGGGAAACUUUUCACUAUCAUCACCACCAUCACAUCCUGGAUUACAGCAGCAACAAGCCAAUCCAAUGGCACCAUCACCUCAAAUGCCACAAAUGGAACAAUCACCAGCCAGUGUGUUCAAUAUCAAUUCACCAAUGAAUUCCAAUCUGGCUACUCCUUCGCCGUCGUUCUUACCUACACCAUCGCCAGGACCUACUACCAGUUUCCAUACUCAAUCUCCAGCUCCUCAAUUCAUGUCACAAAAUACUCCCGGAAGUCAUGAAAGUGGAAUAGGAUCUCCAUUUAAUCAACCAAAUAUACCGGCUUCAUUAAGCGCUGCACAGCAAUCGAUCGCAUCACCAGUACCGAAUCUUUGGCCUGCAAGUCCUUCGGUUUCUUCACGACCAUCACCUCGUCCAGCAGCUGCCUCAACUCAAAGUCCUGGUGGAGCCAGUUUAAUCAACAAUCAACAACAACAACAGCAAUAUCAACCUCAACAGAUACAAUCGCGUUCUUUGCCACAGAAACCAUGGGCAGCAGCUUUACCAACAAUGUUAACACAUCAAGGUUUCGAAAUGAUGUGCAGACCGGGCAAUGAUAGUGGUCCUGCUGCAUCAAACAUUUAUUACUCGUAUUCCCAAUUAGAACGAUUUCUUGGUUCAACAUUUAUGCGAAGACAUUUUAGUAAACCAAUUGAAGAGAAUUUAACCGUCAUACCGACCAUGGAACCCGGAACGAUUAUGUUCAAGAAUGAUACAUUACAAUUUAAAAUCUGGAUGGAUUUCAAUACACUAUUGAUUCAUAUGUUUGUAAAAUCAAUUUCCGAAAUGAAUCAAUGGACCCGUGAAGAAUUGGAUAUUAUUCAACAAUAUUUUGAAACCAAGAUUGCAUGUGCACCAUUCAAACCGAAUUCAUUCAAUGCAUUCGCUCGAUUUUUUAAUGUACCCAUGAGAGUUUUGAAAGAUCUAAUUAGAAUAAUGCGUCUGGAACUUCAUCCGGAUCCAUCAUUAAAAUGGACAGCGAAAAUUAGCUUGACAGUUCCACCGUUUGGUUUCAUUCAUUCAGCCAGUAUUGGAAUUUCGGCAUUUUCGAUUUUAAAAACAAAAAUUAUCAUUUUUAUUCAAUUAACACACAAAACCCCGGUACAAGGACAAAUGAUGGCUGCACAGCCAUUUAUUCUUUUAUUACCAUUGAUCUAUGAAACUUCAAUGAAUACACUUACGUUGAUGAAUAAUCUAUAUGAAAGAUCACAGAAUCAAAGUUUAAUACAAUUUGUACAGAAAAUUUUAAAAAGAUGUAAUGAUUAUGCUCAAAAUAACGUUGAUUGUAUCCUAUAUUCAGCCAUAAGAGAAAUAAUGAAUACAUUACAAUAUCCAUUACAAUGAUGAUAUGUCCACAACGAUAUUUUUGUUUUACAUGCAUAAAAAAAAAACACACACGUGUUGAAUCUUAAAUUUUAUAUGUUCAAAAUGAAAUGAAAUAUAUUAUAGAAACUAU